CCAUCGCCGUGAUUCCUGGUAACCACGGCAACCGUGUUGUUAAAAACUUGUCAAUAAUUAAUGUGGACUUUUGAGUCGUGUGUGUUUCACAUUAACUUUAAUAAUUAAAUUAAAUUUUUACAGUGUGUGUACAUGUCUGUGCGUGUGUGUGUGUGUGUGUGUGUGCGCAUGUGUGAGACGUAGACCUGCACAGACUUUGUACCGUUCCAGGAAGUCUUCUGGUGAGCAGCUUCUCAUCAGCCACUCCUCCCACUGCGAACAUGAUGAAGUCUUCGUCGCCGUCGGUAACGUCUACCUCAGUGACACCAGACCCUCGGCUCCUCUCGUCUUCGUCUCCUCCUCCUCCUCCUCCUCACCUGUCUCUGAGGAGUCCGGAGCUUCAAGCAGAGUUUCUAAAAGAGAGUCGGAGCAGACUUCUGUCCCUCGGUGAAUCGGGUGUUUCCUCCCCUUCCUCCUCUCCUCUGGCCUCAUCCUUAAGUCCUUCCCCCUGUGGCUCCUCCUCCUCUUCUCCUGUCCACAGACAAGCGCGUCUUUCUCUGUCGAGCCCCGAGCUGCUGGCAGAGCUGAAGGAGACGAGGACACUGAGCUUCAGGCACGUUCCUGCUCACACCGGACUGACCACUGUCUUCUGUGGACGAGGAGGAGCAGGAGGAGCAGGACCAGGAAGAGGAGGAGGAGCAGGACCAGGAAGAGGAGGAGGAGCAGGAAGAGGGGGAUCAGGAAGAGGAGGAGGAGGGGGAGCAGGAGGAGGAGGAAGAAAAGAAACAGCCGGAGCAGGACGAGGAGGAGGGGGAGGAGGAGCAGGCGAAGCAGGCAGAGCAGGAGGAGAAGCAGGAAGAGGAGGAGCAGGCAGAGCAGGAGGAGCAGGAGCAGGACGAGGAGGAGCAGAAGGAGCAGGUAGGGGAGGAGCAGGCAGAGCAGGAGGAGCAGGAGCAGGACGAGGAGGAGCAGAAGGAGCAGGUAGGGGAGGAGCAGGCAGAGCAGGAGCAGGACGAGGAGGAGGGGGAGGAGGAGCAGGCGAAGCAGGCAGAGCAGGAGCAGGAGGAGAAGCAGGAAGAGGAGGAGCAGGCAGAGCAGGAGGAGCAGGACGAGGAGGAGCAGAAGGAGCAGAAGGAGCAGGUAGGGGAGGAGCAGGCAGAGCAGGAGGAGCAGGAGCAGGACGAGGAGGAACAGGACAGGUCUCUGGCCACGCCCCCUACACACCACCAGCCAAUCAGAAGACUCCCCCCCUGAGAACACCACCACGAUGACGAAUGAGGUCAAAAUGAAUGGGAACGUGGCCCCUGACUGUUGUCACGGCAACGCGCUGCUUGACCUUCAUCAGGCGACUUUUUUAAACAUUUCUGAAAAGUUAUUUUAGUUUCCAUUAAGACUUUAUUGACUGAUGUAUUCAUGUUUUUUAAAUAACUGAAAAAUAAUAAAGAUGAAAAAAAUAGAAACACGAAUUAAGAUUUAAAGCAGUUGAUUUAUUAGACAAAAGACACCAAAGACAAUUACAGAGAGACAAAAGACUCAUAAAGACCACAUAACCA